AUGUCAGGUUCAUUCAAGUUUAACUGCACUUCAGAUUCUGCACCAAAAAAUACAACGCCAAUUACACCUGUAACAAAUGGAUAUUCAGUUCUUAUGCCAACACUUGCGGCAACAAAAAACGCUUGUCUUAAAAACCCUCUCAAAUGUUGGACAAAAACGACUCCAGAAUCUGCACAUCAUCGACCUAAUAGUGUUAAGAAUGGGCAUGACAACGGUAUAACGCGAAACUCUAUCAAAAAGUCGGAUAAAACACCAACUAUCAAGGCUGCGAGGCUUGCCAGUAAAGGUUCCUCCCAUUAUGAUGACACUCCAAAGAUUGUUAACUCACCAAGUUCGAGAAAUACAGCGGAAUCCACAAAUUCUGAGUAUUGUACACCAUCUGUUCAAGGGUUUAGUGAAGUCAUCAGUCACAAAAGCUCCAAAAAUGCUAAACCUUUUAAGUCGAAGAGUGCUGAUUACAUUAGGCCAGAGGUCACUACACCUCAAAAAUCUAAGAGCGCUGAUGCGAUGUUACGAAGCCCUAAAGAGUCGUCAAAAACACAUUGCAAACAAGAAGUGACUAAACAGGAGGAGAAUCAUCCAGAUCCAAUAGUUAUUGCCCACUGUCAGAAGCUAAUUGCUGACUCCCAGAAACCCUGUCUACCUGAGUCCUCACAACCAGUUAUUGCUCCCCAAACAUGUGCUCCUACUAAGUCUGAAAGUGAUAUGAAGGCUUCUAAGACACAUUGCAAACAAAAGAAGACUAAACAAGAGGACAUUCCUCCUAAACCAUUAGGUCUUGAGGAAUGUCAGAAGCUAAUUGCUGACUCCCAGAAUCCCUGCCCACCUGAGACCUCACAACCAGUUAUUGCUCCCCAAACAUGUGCUCCUACUAAAUCUGAAAGUGAUAUGAAGGCUUCUAAGACACACUGCAAACAAAAGGAGACUAAACAGGAGGAGAAUCAUCCAGAUCCAACAGUUAUUGCUCACUGUCAGAAGCUAAUUGCUGACUCCCAGAAUCCCUGCCCACCUGAGUCCUCACAACCAAUUACUGUUCCCAAAACAUGUGCUCCUACUAAAUCUGAAAGUGAUAUGAAGGCUUCUAAGACACACUGCAAACAAAAGGAGACUAAACAGGAGGAGAAUCAUCCAGAUCCAACAGUUAUUGCUCACUGUCAGAAGCUAAUUGCUGACUCCCAGAAUCCCUGCCCACCUGAGACCUCACAACCAGUUAUUGCUCCCCAAACAUGUGCUCCUACUAAAUCUGAAAGUGAUAUGAAGGCUUCUAAGACACACUGCAAACAAAAGGAGACUAAACAGGAGGAGAAUCAUCCAGAUCCAACAGUUAUUGCUCACUGUCAGAAGCUAAUUGCUGACUCCCAGAAUCCCUGCCCACCUGAGACCUCACAACCAGUUAUUACUCCCCAAACAUGUGCUCCUACUAAAUCUGAAAGUGAUAUGAAGGCUUCUAAGACACAUUGCAAACAAAAGAAGACUAAACAAGAGGACAUUCCUCCUAAACCAUUAGGUCUUGAGGAAUGUCAGAAGCUAAUUGCUGACUCCCAGAAUCCCUGCCCACCUGAGACCUCACAACCAGUUAUUGCUCCCCAAACAUGUGCUCCUACUAAAUCUGAAAGUGAUAUGAAGGCUUCUAAGACACACUGUAAACAAAAGAAGACUAAACAAGAGGACAUUCCUCCUAAACCAUUAGGUCUUGAGGAAUGUCAGAAGCUAAUUGCUGACUCCCAGAAACCCUGUCCACCUGAGUCCUCACAACCAGUUAUUGCUCCCCAAACAUGUGCUCCUACUAAGUCUGAA